UUUGAUUCCUUCUUUUUUCUUCUCAGAAUAUAUCCAUCAACCUUUUGCAAGAAAGAAUAGACUUGCAGUUGCAAUCGAGCAGAUCUACUGUAUGCUACAUAGUUUCUGAUUUUGUGGGUCUAAAUUUCAUCUCACUGUCUAAUUUCUUCAAUUCUUCUAGACCUGCAGGACAACGGCUACGGCUCCAAAGAAUUGAGCUUGCCACUAGAUUUGCUGUUACUUGAAAUUUGCCUGGUUUAAUUUGGUCAUCAUCAUCAAUUUUUUCAAUUUUAUCUAUUAAACUUGCAGGACCUUUUUUAAUGGCGGAUGUAGUAGGGGCAAUCUUCGGUGCAUUGAGUUGCAUUUGUGGUACUCCAACCUGCAACUGCAUAGAUCAAUAUCGAAAUUUUAAUGAUGAUGUGGGUGAGCUGAGAAGAAUAUUGGACACUCUAACCAACCGAAAGCAAGAUAUAGAAUCAAGAAUAGAAGAAGCAGAGGCUUGCGCGGGACAAAUGGUUAGACGAGAAGUGCAAGACUGGCCUAAGCAAGCACAAGAGAUCAAUGUUGAUGUGCGAGCAUUUUUAGAAAAGGUGCAGGGAGUCAAGUGGUACAAGCGUGCCUGUCUUGACAAACGUGUUUGCAGAAAAAUUAAAGUGGUGGCGGACAUGAUUGAAAAAGGUAGAUUUCCUGAAGGCCUUUUUAUUGAGAGAGCUCCAGCUCAUGGAAACAUAAUUCCAAUAGAGAAUUUAGUGGGGGAAAUAUCUACUAAAGAAGAAAUUUGGAGGUACUUGAUGGGUGAUGAGGUUGAAUUGAUCGGAGUUUGUGGGACUGGUGGAGUUGGAAAGACUACGAUCAUGAAGAAUCUCCACAAUGAUUUACAGAGGGAGACUAGAUUUCAGAAAGUGAUAUGGGUUACUGUAUCAUAUCCUCUCAAUAUUUUUGAAUUACAAAGGAAGGUUGCUGAUGCUAUGGGCGAAAGACUUCGAGACAAUGAAGAGGUGAUGAUAAGAGCAGGCGCACUAAUGGAAAUAAUGAGAAGAGUGAGAUUUGUGCUAAUAUUAGAUGAUGUAUGGGAAAGGUUCUCUCUCAGUGAUGUUGGAAUUCCAGUGCAAAAUGGGUGUAAAGUUGUUAUCACUAGUAGAUCAGUUGAAGUAUGUAAGUUUUUGAAUUGUCAGAUUGUUGAAGUGCAGUCUCUUUCACAAGAGGAGUCUCUAACUUUAUUCCUUAAUGAGGUUGGGCAUGAUGUUUUACAAAUUUCUGGGUUGGAAAAAAUCCUGCAGCUUAUUGUGAAGGAGUGUGCUGGUUUACCACUCGCUAUUGUUGUGAUAGCAGGGAGCAUGAAAGGAGUGGAUGAUAUUAAGGUGUGGAGAAAUGCAUUGACUGAAUUACAAGAAUGUGUUAAGAGUGUGAAAGGUUCAGAAGAUGAGAUAUUUAUGCGGUUAAAAUUUAGUUUUGAUCGUUUGCCUAAUGUGGAAAUCAAGAAUUGUUUUCUCUAUUGCUCCUUGUUUCAGGAAGAUUAUUCAUUUAAAAAGGAGGAAUUAAUAGAAGGUUGGAUUGAUGAAGGACUAAUGGAUGGAUUGAGAAGCAGGGAAGCAGCUUAUGACAGGGGUCAUGCUUUUUUAGAUGUUCUUGAAAAGAAUAGCUUGUUAGAGAGACAUUUAAAGGAAGAAAUUAAGAUGCAUGAUGUUGUGAGAGACAUGGCUAUCAGAAGCAUUGAUCCUGGAGUUGGAUACAUGGUAAAAGCUGGUAUGAAAUUGAUUGAGGUACCGAAUGAGUGUGGGUGGGCUGGAGAUCUUAAGAAGGUAUCUUUAAUGGGGAAUGACAUUGCAAAAAUUCCUGUUGGAUUGACUCCAAAGUGUUCAACCUUGUCAACUUUGAUAUUAUCAGACAAUCCUUUGACAGAGAUUCCAAAAUCCUUUUUUGAGGAUAUGAGUGGACUCAAGGUUCUUGAUUUUUCUAGAACUCAUGUUGAAGUUUUACCUAGUUCCAUCUCUGAGUUGAAAUGUCUCUCUGCAUUGCGGUUAAGGGAGUGUGGCAAGUUAAAGUGUUUGCCUUCCUUAAAGAAGCUUGUGGCAUUGAAGAAGUUGGAUCUGCAAUGGGCAGGAAUAGAGGUGGUCCCUCAAGGCAUGGAGAUGUUAGUAAAUCUUGAAUAUCUUGAUUUAUUUUGUCUAAAUUUGAGAGAGGUUCCAACAGGAAUAUUGUCUAAAUUAUCUAGUCUUCAGUAUUUGGCAACAAUGAAUAAUCAAAGAUCAAUUAGUGCAAAGAUAAAUCUUGAAGAGGUUGCGAGAUUGAGAAAGUUGGAGAUUUUAGAAUGUAAAUUUGAUGAUAUGCAAGAUUUCAAUUAUCUUUUGAGGGAGUUUAAAAAUUUUCAAAAUUUUAAUGUUUACCAUUUUCGAGUGGGAACAAAAAUGGGCAUGCAUGCGGGUACUAAUUCUAAAUGCAGCCUUAUAAUCAGUGAGUGUGACAUUGGAGAAGAAUGUAUAUUGCUUCCGGAUAAACUUCAGCAUUUGGGGAUCCAUACAUGUAAAAACAUCAAAAGUAGCUUAAAUAAAACAGCUUUGUUAGAGAAUGCAACCGAGUUGGAUACUUGUUUUAUUACUGAUUGUGAAGAGAUAGAGAGCGUGGUUGAGUUGGAUUCAUCCUUCUCCUCAUCGUGUAAACCAAUACUUGAUAAGCUUGAAUGUUUGUUGCUUUGGGGUUUGCCUAGGUUGUGGGCACUUGUGAGAGUGGAAGGAGUAGCAAUGCUGCCAUAUGUCUUUUCCAAUCUUAAGGCACUUAGAAUAAGGAAAUGUUCAGGAAUGAAGAAGUUGUUUCCACUUGAGCUAUUGCAGGCUUUCCAAAACUUAAGUGUAUUGAUGUUUAUGAAUGUGAACAAAUGGAGGAGAUAAUAGCAUCAUCGGAUAAAGUUUAUGAUAGUGAACAAAUGGAGGAGAUAAUAGCAUCAUUGGAUAAAUUCAGUUUCACUUUUCCUAAAUUAAGGGAAUUACAAGUGCGGAAGUUACCUCAAUUGAAGAGCAUUUGCAGUGCCAAAGGAGUUAUGGUUUGCGAUUCUAUUGAAUGCAUUGUGAUAGAGGAAUGUUUUCAGUUAAAGAGGAUCCCUGUGCAGUUUCCCAUGCUUGAUAAUGGUCAACCAUCUCUUCCUCCUCAUCUCACAAAAAUUACGAUAGAUGCAUACGCAGAAUCAUGGUGGGAAUCAUUAGAGUGGGAUCAUCCUGACGCUAAGAACAUGCUCCAACCUAUUCUUUAUAUGAUUUAUUUUUGAAUGUUGAUUGUAGAGUAGCAGAUGUGUGUAAAUAAGAAGUUACGUGCAACCAUAAUAACAUGUGGUAGUAGAAGCUUUUCCCUUACAAGACGCGAUAGGAAAACUGAUGUAGGGAAGGAGGUCUUCCGGAAGAGAUGAGAUUGAGAUGCAUCCACCCUCUGCAUUCAUGUCUUAAAACGCCAAUUAUGUAAGUUGUGAUUUCGUUGUUCUUUGAUUUUUUUGAAUUGUGGUGUUUUCAAGUACGUAAUUUCACUAUUUUAUUCUCUUUCUUGAGUUUUUGGUAUGUGCUGCGUAAAUUGAGUCCCUUUUGAUCGUCGAGUAAAAUAGCUUCAACAAA